GGGGCUAGGGGCACAGCUUGGCAGCCUGGAGGGCGUGGCACGGAAGUCUGGGGGACCCAGCCUUACUGCCUGAGGGGGCACGGCCACCUGUCCCCUCACAGGAAGCCAUGUCUGUGGGAGGGUGGGCGCAGGAGUGAGGUGGAGGCAGUCCUGGUGCAGCCAGUCCUCCCGGCCUGUCCUCCUUCCGGCCGCAGCCCCGCCCCCAGCCCGCCCAGCCCUGGGCCUGCCGGCCUGGCGGCCACUCGGCCUGGGAGCGGUGAGGCCCGCGCAAGGAGCCCAGCUGCCUGUCACCUUCAGAGGAUGCCAGGGCCCCGGGGCCGCCCUGGGGGGGACCUGCGUGCAGCAGCCAUGCUGGGGGUGCUGUGGUGCUGGCUCACAGGCGCGGUGGAGGUGAGGGUCCCAGAGGAGCCGGUAGUGGCCCUGGUGGGCUCGGACGCCACACUGGGCUGUUCCUUCCAGCCACUGCCGGGCGCCCUGGCACAGCUCAGCCUCAUCUGGCAGCUGACGGACACCAAGCAGCUGGUGCACAGCUUUGCCGCCGGCCACGACCAGGGCAGCAGCCUGGCCAACCGCACGGCGCUCUUCCUGGGCCGGCUGGCACAGGGUGACGCCUCCCUGCUGCUGCGCGGGGUGCGGGUGGCGGACGAGGGCGGUUUCACCUGCUUCGUCAGCCUGCAGGGGACCGGCGGAGACGGAGGGGACUUUGCCAGUGCGGCCCUCAGCCUGCAGGUGGCCGCCCCCUACACCAAGCCCAGCAUGACCCUGGAGCCCAGCAAGGACCUGCGGCCAGGGGACACUGUGACCAUCACGUGCACCAGCCACCGCGGCUACCCUGCAGCCGAGGUGACGUGGCGGGACGGGCGGGGCGUGCUUCUGACCGCCAACGUGAGCACCUCACAGACGGCCAGCGCCCAGGGCCUGUUCCACGUCCACAGUGAGCUUCAGGUUGUGCUGGGUGGCGGUGACUCCUACAGCUGUCUGGUGCACAACCGCGUGCUCGGCCAGGACGCCCACGGCUCCGUCACUGUCACAGGGCAGCCCGGGGCCUUCCCCCCCGAGGCCCUGUGGGUGACGGUGGGGCUCUCCGUCUGCCUGGUGGCGCUGCUGCUGGCCUUGGCCGUGCUGUGCUGGAGAAAGGUGCGGCAGAGCUGUGAGGAGGAGGAGCGUGCAGGAGCUGAGGACGCAGAAGCUGAAAGGGAGAGCGAUGGAUCCAAGACUGCCCUGCGGCCUCUGAAGCCUGAGGACAGUGCUGAAGACAGAGCAGACCAAGAGGACCAGGAGCUUGCCUGACAGAGGGUGGGGGGCGGCCGUCUGCUCCCCGAAGAUCACGGAAUCUCACCACCCACGGCCUUACUCUGCUGACCACCGCCCACACCCCCACUCCCUGAACACGCCCGCAGGGCACCUCCCCACCUGCUGGCCCCCCCAGACCCCGCCGCCAGUGGACAGCCUCUGUGUCCGCCAUCGGUGGGGUUCCCCUGCCCGAGUGGACUCGGGCUCUGUCCCCCCAGCUCCUGGCUGAGCCCCGUGUCCCUGUCCCACCAAGACCCGUGUCCCACCCCCACACACUGGAAGCCCGUGCUGGUCAUGUGGCCCUUGGGCGUCUGGGAGUCCUGGGUGUCACCCCCCCACAGCCACCCUGGGGACCCACCCCUCCCCGCCCACCAGGAGCUGCUCCUCACGGGGGGGGGGGGGGGGGGGGAGACACAGCUCGCCUGAAACUCCCCAGACGCUCCUGCCCUGCCCCUGUGCAUCCCCACCCAUGCUCCCCACGGGGGUCAGUACUGGACACUGCUGGGAGGGGCCCGGGGCUCACGGGAGACCUGGGCCCCACUGUGGUGCUACUCUGGGGGACGCCCCUACUCCCCCCCCCCGGAGAGCCAGCUUCCAGAGUCCUUUGUCCUCACCUGUCCUCACCUGGGUUCUAACUUGAGGGGGGCUGAGGAGUUUUGUUAUGGGGUGUGUGGGAAUAAAUGCCUUUGUAGGAA